CAUGGAAAUGGAAACCAUCAUGGUUUCCCAUGACUCUGCUUCCGCUUAGAUUUUUAAAAUGGUAAAGUGGCAUUUGGCAACGGCGGAUGUUUUGUCUGCUAAAUUUCAACUUGUUCCUUAGCACGUGUUAACGUAAAUCUUCAGCUACAGAGGAAAAUCGUAACGUAUACCCUUAUAAAAUUGUUGUCCCUAUUACUUGAUAAAAUUUUAAUUGCUGCAAAUGGAAGCUAAGCAGAGAAUGAAAUUGUCUGAAGUAAAGGAUGUGCCAAUAAAAAAACCAGUAAAUGUUCUGGAAGCGUUGGCAAAAUACAAGUUGAAAAAGCAACAAGAACAGGAACAAAAAAUGAUGGACACAUCAGAAGAUAAAAAGAAACGAGAGAUUAGAGAUUUAGAGAGAAGACUAUCCGUAGAAUCCACCAAGGCAACAAGAACUCAAUAUGCAGUCACAAAGUUCAACAUGGUAAAAAAACCGUUCAUUCCAAAAAACAAUGUGGUGUUUGGUUCAACUAAACAAGGAAAAAAAAGGAUAACUGAAAUCAAAGGACCAGAAAAUACUAAGAGAACCUAUUUUAAAGAAAACAAACAGGAUUUGGCAGCAAAACCGCAAGAAAGAGGAAAUUGUUUAAAACGUGAUUGUGAAUUUGGCAUCACUGAAUUUGUUUCACAACGCCGAGGCUUUACAGCUAUUGUAGGACACCAUUUGUUUGACACCCAGAUACAUGAAAUCUGUUUGGAUGGAUCCAUUGUUCAUUUAACAACCAAGCACUCUCCUAGUUCAAGUUUUGUUGUCAAACGUUAUCCAACAGAGGAUGAGCAACUUGCUGUUUUUGAAGCUGAACAUUGGAACACUAUUGAAGAUAUGUUCAAAACUGGAAAACCGGAGGUUGUUGAAAUAGAUGUCACGGGAAAGAGUAAACCAGAAAAAAAGAAGAUCCUGAGAAUUUUGAACAUGAAAUAUGAUGAUGUUGUCAACAAUACAGUCUCUGUUGAUGGGAAAAAAAUCUUAAAGAUUUCAAAAAAAAAAAAAAAGAAUCGGCAAGGGCAACAACAAAGAAAUAUAUCAACUUAUACUCAGUUCGUCCUGUAUAAGGAAAACCAUACUACAAUGGAGGCAUUAAACAUAAUUGCCCAAAAACUUAAGAUGGAAUCAGAAUGUUUUACGAUUGCUGGAACCAAAGACAAAAAAGCUGUUACAAGUCAGCUGGUAACCGUAAAAAACGUGGAACCUCAUUUGUUGUUCAGAAGUAUGAAACAGAAUGCGAGCAUUUCAGUUGGAAACUUUUCCUACGCUGAAAAUCCUGUUCGUUCAGGAAACCUGAGGGGUAACCGUUUCACCAUUGCUUUAAGAAACGUCAUUGGUAAUGAGUGUAAAAUUUCUGCAAACCUUAAUUCACUGAAAGAAACGGGUUUCAUCAAUUACUAUGAACCUCAACGUUUUGGAACGCGACACAUACCGACUCAUUUCAUUGGAAAGCAACUGCUUCUAGGGAGAUGGAAAGAGGCCAUAAAUUUAAUUUUGGAUCCUGGAAAUUUAAAUGGCAAUCUUCCAUUUAAACCCGACGUUACAAGGGCUCUCAUCGAGUACAAAUCGUCAAAUGAUGCUCAAAAAGCUUUUGCUAAAAUAACGGGAAAGUGCAAAACAAUUGAGGCAAAACUCCUGUUAAGCUUAUCGAAAUGCGAGGGAGAUGUCGUAGGUGCAUUGAAUACUAUAUCUCGUAACAGUCGAGUCAUGUAUAUGCGCGCCUAUCAAUGUUUUAUCUGGAAUACCAUCGCUUCUAAGCGUCUUGCCACCUUUGGUUCGCAACCGAUAAUAGGCGAUUUAGUAUACGCACCAAAUAAUAACGAAAAUGCCAAACAAAAAAACAAAAACUUAGAAAUGGAGAAGAAAUCAUUGAUUGAAAUGGUAGGCGAUAGAGAUGAUUGUGGAAAGAAUGGGCAAGGCAACCACCGGAAAGUCAUCUUCAUCGACGAAAGCAACAUUCGUAAGUACACAGUCCACGAUGUUGUCUUACCGUUACCUGGAUGCCACAUCGUUUAUCCGGCAAACCAAAUUGCCGUUUGGUACCAAGAACUGUUACAGGCAGAUGGGUUGACGGAAGAGGAUUUCAGUCGAAGCUUCAAGAUGUUUGAUCUUAGUGGCAUGUAUCGAUACAUGGUUUCAAAGCCCUUCGAUGUGAAAUGGAAAUUCGUGCAUUAUGAUGAUCCCAACGCUACACUCAUUCUGUCCGAUAGGGACCGAUUGAAAAAAAAAAGGCAGCUUCACCCUGCCAUACAAGGUAGUAAAUACCGCGGACUUGUGCUCGAAUUCAGUCUCUCGGCCUUCGCUUUUGCGAGCAUGGUCAUUAGAGAGAUCACCAAGAUGGACAUGACUACAGAAUUUCACGCGAACUUUAAAAAAGCCAAAAAAAUAAUCAAAACCAAGAGAGCCAAUCGUCGGUGGAAGGUGAGAGAUGUCAAAUCCUGUUUGAAUCAUGUAAAAGCCAAGAGUCUCCAAAAACACCCCUUGAGAUGAAGCAAAUGCACAAAAAGCCUGAUGUGAGCAAACAACAUGCAUUGACAACAACAAAAUCCUGCAAAGGACCUGAUUUUGGGGCGCAGUCGGGCUCGAGCCAAAAUACGGUCGUAUCAGCUAGAAUGAUGCCUGAAGAGCCACUGCCAAGAACAAUCAAGUUUGAACCAGGCAGGUGUGAAAAAUAUACACCAGUAGCUCGUGAUUCAGUUGAAGGAACUCAAACGAUUACAAUCAAGGAAGAACCGGGCAUCAGCAAACAACCAACACCAGGAGCCAAAGAUAAGAAAGAUAAGGUUGAUGUGAGUAAAAUUUGGUUAGAGCCAGUCUUGGGCACAAAGCGAUCUCCACCAGGAGCAGCAGCGGUAUCUUCAGAAAAACUUGAAACGAAAAAAAUUAAAAAAGAGCGGAGUGCCAGCAAAGAACCAGCGCCAAUGCGAAUCUUGGAGGAAAAAUACAAGUGCCAAACAUCUGAAAAAGAAACUACUAAUUGCUUGAAGCGUUCCCAGACGAACAAAAUCAAAGAAGAGCAAGACGUCAGUAAAACGCCUACGCUAAAGGUUGGCUUACUUGAAGAACCUCAGAAAAAGCGGAUUAAGGUUGAGCCAGUUAUAUUCCAAGAUCCUUCAGUCGUUACAAAGAUGCCAUCCAAAGAACCCAAAAAGGAGCCUAUCAUCGUCGUCGAUCUCACCUCCGAUAUUGAGGAUUAAGAGGAGAUUAAACUUUUAUAUUAUUUUUUUAUUUCUUUUUUAAACGCGGUUUCGAUGAGUCGAGCAGCAGUUAGUUCAUUCUGUAUCGUUUCGUUACAUCAGAACGUUCGACUGGUGAUGAAUUGGCAAAGCCAAUCAAGGGAAUUGUUUCAUUUGUGCUUGGCUAAAAGUUUUUUGAGAACUUAUUCUUGUUCGUAAAAGGAUGUAGAAAAUUUGAUUUAUUAUUUGGGAAUAUUUUGUGCUGUCAUGAAAGUGUGGUUCUACACAUUUCAAAUGUGACAACAUUAUUCCAAAAAAGUCUUUUUCGGAUGGACGUGGGGCUGUUGAAAUUUCUCCGCCCUCCAGUGUUCAUCACUUCUGUUUGACCAACAUAUAUAUUUUUUUUAAGUUCGUUGAAUAAACCAUUAACUGCA